CUUGUUGCACGUCUAGCCAUAGCUAACGUUAAUGUAAAGUAGCAGCAGGGGGAAAUGAAAGUCGCAUUUUGUUAAUUAUUUGAUUUUACCAUACAGGAAUUGUCUAUUUUAAUUAACACCCAACUUUAGUCCAAGACAGACAUGUAUAUAUAUUGACAUUCACUAAGUUUAAGUCUUGUUUUUUUGGUGCCGCGGGCCCGAUUUGGCAUCUUUGCUGUGUGGAACUAGGAACAGGUCGUCGUGAUGAGAUCUCGGACGUAAAGUGCCGCAUCUGACAGCGUUCCCGGCGUUUGGCUCGUGGUUUUGAGGCCAGUGUCCCGGCCUGACCCGUGUCAGGAAGGGGAGACCUCAAGGCUCCACCCUCGGCCCUCUCUGUUUUUAUUUCGGGCCUGGCCCCUGCUCUGGAGAACAUUUUAAGCAGGAAGAUUUUCUGCGGAGCGGGGAAACGCAGCCGAAGCACAAAGAGGCCGAGUGUUCGGGAGGCGGAGCGCUCAGUCCUGCGUGCGGUCCCCCCCCCCCACGCCCUGUCCCACCCGGCCUGAAACCUCAGCGGUGCCUGGGGCGUGUGUGGACGAGGAAGGGGUGCACACCCCUGAGCAUGCCCCUCUGCCCUCUCCCUCUCAGCGCUUUGCUCCCGGGGCGGACUGAGUGAUUGGCAGCGGGACAACUCGUGUUCUGAUUGGCUGCCCCCCCCCCCCCCCUCCCCCUCCCACCCCCAAUGGUGCCAUUGUACUGACAGCUCCAGGAGUAGGACAGAAACCUGCGGCGAGACCUUCGCUCCAGCUCGGCGCCCCUCAGCUUGAUGUGUGUCGCCCUCUAGGCCUUGUGUGUGAGAAGCGCAGCUGAUAACCCCCCCCCCCUCCCCCCAUUCCCCCCUCCCCAGUGAAGCCUUCUGUGGCUCCGCUCCGCCCAGCUUCUGGAUGGCUCUGAACAUGUCCUCGAUACGGGACACAAAAUGGCUGACGCUGGAGGUGUGCCGGCAGUUCCAGAGGGGCACGUGCUCCCGCAGCGACGAGGAAUGCAAAUUUGCGCACCCGCCGAAGAGCUGCCAGGUGGAGAACGGCCGAGUCAUCGCCUGCUUCGACUCUCUGAAGGGCCGCUGCACAAGAGAAAACUGCAAGUACCUGCACCCUCCGGGCCAUCUGAAGACCCAGCUGGAGAUUAACGGCCGGAACAACCUGAUCCAGCAGAAGACGGCCGCGGCCAUGCUGGCUCAGCAGAUGCAGUUCAUGAUCCCGGGCACCAGCAUGCAGCACGCCGUCCCCUCCUUUCCCGUCACGCAGGGCCUGGGGACGAGCCCCGCCCUCAGCUACGCGCCGUACCUCACCCCCAUGACGCACGGGGUGGGGCUGGUUCCCACGGAGAUGCUGCCCAGCGCCCCCGUCAUCAUGCCCAGCAGCCCCCCCGUCACGAUGCAGGGGUCCUCCAACACGCAGAAGCUACUGCGCACCGACAAGCUGGAGGUGUGUCGGGAGUUCCAGAGGGGUAACUGUGCGCGGGGAGAGACGGACUGCCGCUUCGCUCACCCCAGCGACAGCCCCAUGAUCGACACCAGCGACAACACGGUGACCGUCUGCAUGGACUACAUCAAGAGCCGCUGCUCCCGCGAGAAGUGCAAGUACUUCCACCCCCCUGCACACCUGCAGGCCAAAAUCAAAGCCGCGCAGCACCAGGCCAAUCAGACGGCUGUGGCAGCGCAGGCAGCCGCCGCGGCCAUGACUCAGUCGACUGCCAAAGCAAUGAAGCGACCCCUCGAGACAACUGUAGACCUGGCCUUCCCGCACGUCCUGCAACCCCUACCAAAGAGAGCAGCGCUGGAGAAGAGUAACGGCACCAGCGCUCUGUUCAGCCCCAGCAUGCUGCACUACCAGCACGCCCUCGCCAACUCACAGCUGCAGCAGCCUGCCUUCUUCCCCCAUGGCUCGGUCUUGUGCAUGACUCCUGCUACCAGCAUUGUCCCCAUGAUGUACAGUGCUACGCCUGCUACUGUCUCUGCAGCUACAACUCCUGCCACAAGUCCCUACGCAGCAACAGCACCAGCCAAUCAGAUCAUCCUAAAGUAACCCACAGCACAGGGACCAACAGCGCGUGUCAAGAUGCUGCACUACGGAGCCCAAAGCAGCCCUUCUGUAAAUACUUCCUGUCCCCUUCCCUAGAGUUACAACAACCUGCAUGCUAAUAGCUACUCGGCUAAGGAUGACUCAUUAACUAUAACAUUGAGCGCUGGUGUAAUGUAUACAAGAGCUGUGUAUGUAUUGCUAGGAAAAUACUGACAUGUAAUUUAACACAAUCAAAACAAACAAACAAACAAACAAACAAAACAAGUAGAUGCAUAGACUCUAUAGGUGAAGGUGGAGAUGUAAUUUUUUUUUUUUUUAAUGAUUGAUUACCGAUGUUCUCUUCAGUGACGUGGGUUAUUCUCAUUCUGUGUUUCCUUUUUAAAGACUCUGCACAAAGCUCACUAUAUGGGGAGAAGCCCUCCUCAUUUGCACUGUCAGGAAAAAAGAAAUGAUGAUGAUGAUGAUGAUUGGUGUUUAGUGCUUGAUUGUGUUUUAAGAGGGAGUUUUCACAGCACUUAGAUUGUGAGUCAGGCCAGGUAGAUUGCUUGAUCUUUAUUUCUUAAGACAAAAAUAAAUAAAUACAUAUAUAUACAUAAAUAUUAUAUACGUAUAUGAAUGUCAUAACAUAUAUGCUGGUAUUUGGCUGGUGGGUUGGCUAUACUAUGUUAUCAUUCUUACCCCCUUAAAGAUGGUAUGGCCUGAUCCACCAGGCAGGAAAUCUUGUGCACAUCCACCAUGCUUAUAACUACAAUCUGCCUGCCAAAUAUGAGCAUUACAAUAUAAUUUAAAAAGAUUAUUGUUAAAAUGGCCAAAAUAUGGAGUAGAGGGGUUUGAAAUCAACCUGGGGGAGGGUUUGCACAUUAAAUAGUAUCUUAAAAAUAGUUUCCUAACCCCUGUCACAGUGGGAACCAUCCGCUGGGUUACGGUUUGUUACGCAGGUGGUGGGGUGGAGGUUUGUCACAAUACUGGCCAUUAGAGGGCGCUGUGGCUCCCCUCUGUGCCACGCCAAGCUGGCGGGCAGGAAAGAGACAAAGCAGCCUCACCGGUCAGGUCCGAUGUCUGCAGGCAGACGGGACAGGAAACGCUGGAGAGCGGCAUGCUGGGAUACGGACGGGCCAGUGGGAAAGGGGGCGGGUCAUGUUGGUGGUGCGGCUCCCUGGGGCGAGGCGGAAGAGGGAGUACAGGCUCGUUAAAAGUGCAUUAGAUGAUUCUCGUAAAACGGGACAGACUCACAGGGACUGCUGCCCCCCUCCUCCAUAAUCCUGUCCGUUUCUAUUUGAGAAACUGUAGAAGUGCCUAAAAAAACACUUUCACAAGCGUCUUGAGAAGGCAUCUGAAGAGAUAUUAAAGUUUCAGACAGGUCUGCCACCACCUCCACUUUCAGCUGAACCUAAAGGGAAAUGUGUACACUCAGAGAUACACAUUUUCACAGUGCUGUGAUCCACUUAAUGCCUGGUCAAUGGAUAGAGCACCAAUAACACAGCAUUACUUACAACUUUCCAUAUUAAAGCUUAUCAAGACAGCUUGGCCCGAAUGUUCGAUAAAUUUCAACGGAAUCUUUUUUAACAGUUGGUUUGGAUAUAGUUUACAUUGGAACGUGGGUGAUGUCGAGUGAGAACGUGGGGGAAUGUGACCUGUUUGUUGUGCAUUUUCCUUUCAUCUUAAUAUUUGAAUUUGUUGUCUUUGCAUUGUAUUUGAAAGGAGUCUCAAGUUAUUUUUCUAAGAUGGCCAUAGAUAUUUCAGUUGAGUUCCGCUCUAGCCAAUCAGACUUCUAUCAUUCGGUGUGAUGUGGUCUUACAUGUAAUCACAUUGUGUAACUAAUUCACCAUAACAUUACUUAAUAUGUUUUGUAAAAUAUUUGAAAGUUUGUUUUCAUUUGAAAUUGCAUUCAGUGGUGUUUCCGACUAAUCAUUACUUACUGCUUUUAUUUCUCUUCCUGGUUUUUUGUACCCAUGUGUGUAUGUGUUGAAAACUUAAUCAGAAUCAUGAUAUAUAUCAUGGUGCUUGAUUAAUACUGACAAUCCACAGUGUAACUUCCUUUGUUCAGCAUGAAUAAAGCACUGUUCUUAUCAUUUUUUUUACACAGAAGUUAUAUAUGUAAUUUUUGAUUUGAAAGGUGAUUGAAUAUAUUUUAUUGUCAUGGUUUAACCUUUUGUUUAAAUAUUAGUAAUAGAACAAUGUUGUAACCUAUUGUAUUUUAAAAUGAAUGUAAUUUAUUAAGCUUUGCUUUGAUGUGAUGGGGGUUCAUCAAAGGGCUGGACCUGUCAUAUCAGCCAAUGAGAACCUGGGGUUGGCAAGGGGGCGGCAACCUGAGAACUGUUCCACCAAUGGCAAGCUCCCAGAUCUCUCUGUCAACUGCCUUGUCACCAACACAAGACAAGGCAUUGCAGUAUGAGCAAGUCUUUAGAAUUGCUUAUAUUAUUAAAAAAGUUUAUUGUAUAGGUAACAUUUUACCAAAAAAAAAAUGAAAGAAAAAAAAAGACAUUUACUUUUCACUGUGGUAUGGUAAUGUUUCAUAACAAUAAUAAGUUGUUGCUGUGGCAACCUAAAGUUGCAGUGACUAAAGUUAUGUAUUUUUGUAAAUGUUAAUUGUUAAGUUGAUUUUUUUUUCUAGAACACUGUACCACACUAGAUUGUAAAGCAGAUAUUGGAACAUUUCCUAUUUUAUGUCAAAAAUAUAUACAGUUAAUAUGUCUGCAGCAUUUAACCAUCUUUGUAUCAGUGUAUACUUCUGUUGAAGAGAUGAUAGAGAAGAGCUACCUAUUGUUUUAGUAUGAAAAUACAAGAUUAUAAAACCUGUUUCAGCAAGAAGGUCGCCCUGCAGUUCAAACGGGAGCUUUGGGCUUCACCUAGACCAGUGGAAUCUAGUUGUGAAAGUAGUGUUUGAUGGGUGAGUAGCAGAGUUUAGGAUUGCACUAUGUUUCCACAAGUGCAUAAUUAUUUUAUUUCUAAUGAAUGUGUAUUGUGUUAGCAUUAGGCAAAGUUGACAUCAGCGUUCAGACUGUUUGUUUGUUGUUGUUGCUCACACCAAACUGGGUGCACAUUUAAAGAAAAAAAAGAUCUGUUAAAUGUAACCAAUGUUUCUAGGAAAACAAGUGAGACACAGUAACACAGAAAGCAAAUGUAAUUCCUCAGCUGCAAUUAUAGUACACAGGUUUUUUGGUUUGUCUUUGUUUUAAAUCGAAUGAAUCUACAGUCUGAAUGUGGUGUUGCCAAUUGCCUGAUGCGUGUUGUGCAUCUGAUUUGAUGGUAAAGGGGGUGAGCCCACUCUUUCUGAGCAGACCAGGGUUAUAGUAAACUUUGCCUUACCUUUUAGUGUGUGUUGUGUGAUUUCUGAGCUCUUUUAAAUACGGGCGGUUGCAGUUGGUCUGCUGAAAAUAAAGUCUCCAUCUCCUUUGCUUUAUUCGUUAAGUUUGUCACUCCUGCCGUUUUCAUUGUGAGGCCAAUAUGCCACACGGUGCAGUGCAUGAUGGGGAGGCUGUGGUGUGUGCAUCGCACUGAACAGCCCCACUCAUAAACGCUGCUGGUGUGCCACCUGAAUCCAUCUCUCUCACGGUAGUCCAUCUACAUUGGGGAUCAUAAAAAGAAGAAAGAAGCCCUUGUUGGAUUUUAUUAGUUUUUAUGUAUUCAUUUAAAAAUGUUUUAUUUGUGCAUAUAUAAUGUGCUAUCUUACGUUCUGUAGUCAGUUGUUUUGGUUCCUGAAAAAUGGUGUAAAACCUAUUGAGACAAAACAAAUAAAAUGAUAAUAAACA